AUGUCGACGCAACACGUUACUUUGAACCGCUCAGGCGAUAAAAUGCCCUUGAUGGGCUUCGGUUGUUGGAAGGUCGAGAACAAAGACGCUGAGCAGCUCAUCUACGAUGCCAUCAAGUGCGGAUAUCGUCUUUUUGAUAAUGCUUGCGAUUACGGUAACGAAGUUGAAAUAGGUCGCGGUAUUGCUAGAGCUAUAAAGGAUGGCCUUGUGAAACGCGAGGAAUUGUUCGUGGUCACAAAGCUUUGGAAUACCUUUCAUAGCAAAGACCAUGUUCGUCCUGCGUUUGAAAAGCAGCGCAAGGAGCUUGGUUUGGACUACAUUGAUUUGUAUCUGAUUCAUUUCCCUGUCCCAUUAAAGUAUGUUGCUUUUGAUCAAGCUUAUCCACCAGGAUGGUACGGCGUGGGACAAAAAAAAAUCCAGUUUGAACGGGCUCCCAUGCACGAAUGCUGGUCGGAGAUGGAAAAGCUGGUGGAUGAUGGUUUGGCACGCAAUAUCGGCAUUUCCAACUUUAAUGUGCAAGCUAUUUUGGACUUGUUGACAUACUGCAAGCAUAAGCCUGCUACCUUGCAAGUCGAGAUCCAUCCUUACUUGCCGCAGAAGCGACUGGUCGAGUGGGUACAAGCACAAGAGAUACACAUCACGGCCUACUCAUCAUUUGGCCCUGGAUCCUAUGUCAGCCUUACGGACGAUGGUCGUAGUGCAGAGCCACUUCUCCAAAAUGAUGCUAUCUCAUCGAUUGCUCAAAAGAAAAACAAAACGCCUGCCCAGGUGUUGCUACGCUGGGCCAUUGAGAGAGGAAUUGCCGUCAUUCCCAAGAGCAGCCAUGAGGAGCGUAUGAAGUCCAACCACGAUGUCUUCUCCUGGUCUUUGGACGAUGACGAUAAGAAGCAAAUUGAGACGUUGAACAAAGGGUUGCGUUUCAACAAUCCAGACAGCUAUGGAUUCGAUUUGCCUCUUUUCUCGUAG